UGGGGCCGCGCAGCCAGUCUAUCUCCCCUGUCCGCUGUGUGAGCGCGGAGGUUGAGCUGCAGUUCAGGCUGCCUGUGUGUCUGAGCUCUGUGCCCGGCUCUCCUCCAGCUGUGGCCCGCGCGGGAUGGCGAGGAACACGCUGGGGUCCCGCUUCAGGAGGGUGGAGGUGGACGGGUUAGAGGAGAACAGCAGGUUCGUGGAGGAGCAGGACGAGGCGGCGGAGCUGCAGGGCCCGGACACCGCGGAGGUGGACAGCCUCCUCAGGCAAGGAGACAUGAUGUCAGCCUUUCAUGUUGCACUAAGAAACCCUCCAAUCAACAGCAAGAACCCAGCAAUAAAGGAAAAAGCUCAGGCAGUAGUGUUGAGGGUGCUGACAUCAUUCAAGAGCAGUGACAUAGAGCCUGCUGUAAAAUCCAUAGACAGAAAUGGCAUCGAUCUGCUCAUGAAGUACAUCUACAAAGGCUUUGAGAAGCCUUGUGAGAAUAGCAGUGCAAUUCUGCUGCAGUGGCACGAAAAGGCCUUUGCUGUUGGAGGACUUGGCUCAAUUGUUCGAGUUAUGACAUCCAGAAAAACUGUAUGAGUUGCCAGAUAAAGGCAACUAUGGAUAUAUACUGAACAUGCUUGCUCACAUGUGAAGAGGAAGUCUCGUCACUUAUUCUUUGUUGGCUGGAGAAGACACCAGUGAAUGAUCUAAAAGAUGAGCAAAAAGAGUCUACUGAAUGGAAAUUUCCAUUUUUAUGUAUGGAAACGGUGAAGUGAAAUGUCUAAAAAUGCUAUAUUUGGGGUUGGAGAACCGAGUUUAAGAGGGGAAACCGAACAAUACAAUAUGAUGCACUCAUAUUAUGAGCAGGCACAUCACUGUGUAAACAUGCUGUUGAUUCAUGAGUGCACCAACGACAUGAGUCUGGGUUUGAAAGUGCAAGUGGAUUUUUUGAGUGUGUGUAUGGCUGGGUGGACUGCAUAAAAGUCGUAUGAAAAUCAGAUUUAUUACUUAUAUUUAACUUCAUGGUCCUCUCGCUCUUUGUAAAGAGAGAACUAACUGUUUGAUAUUUUAAGUGAUCUUCAGUUUAAAAGAGUAUGCAUACUUAAGGAGGUGAACGAUGAUGAUGACGACUGUAAAGUGCCUGCUUGCUCAAAUAAAUAAAUUGGCUGUGACUUAUACAUAAAA